UUGGCGAGCUCAAGACACGACCGUCGGCUAGACACUCGCUCUCUAUACACACGAUAGAUCUUAUGGCGGCUUUGUAACCCACUUACGGCAUACGACACCGGCGUAAUCAAAUUAACACCCACGCACAUGAGAGACUUUUGUGCGGUGAUUUGCAUAAUUGACGCUAAUCGGCGGUGUCUCGUGCUCGCCCAAAAAGCCUAAGCCCCGACUCGAAAAUAAGAAACAGACCCCGCCGUAUGUGACAGUGCUUUGUGUGUUCCCCGAACAAUUGUGCAAGUGACAAGCGGCAAACAAAAGCCUCGACUAUUUUUGGAUCCCCAUCGCCAGCACCAUGAUCACCAUGAACGAGCUGGUGGAUCUGCGCAUGCAGCAGCACAUAGCGCACGAGAUCUACCGCCAGCAGAUUAUGCAGCGCAUACCGGAUCCUUUUCCGCCGAUGCUACCGAUUCCUAUGCCUCGGCACGUGAUCAUGCCACCCCGAGUGACCCUGCCCGGCGUGGAGAUGGCCCUCCAAAACGACGACCUCUGGAAGCAGUUCCACCAAAUUGGCACGGAAAUGAUCAUCACCAAGAGCGGCAGACGGAUGUUCCCCUCGAUGCGACUGAGUGUUUCCGGUCUGGAGGACGAGAGCAACUACUGCGUGCUCCUGGAGAUGGUGCCCAUCGGCGACUGCCGCUACAAGUUCUCCGGAUCCCAGUGGGUGCCGGCCGGAGGAGCCGAGCCCCAGAGUCCGCAGCGGAUGUACCUGCAUCCGGACAGCCCGGCCACUGGUGCCCAUUGGCAGGCGCAGCCCAUACUCUUCAACAAGGUCAAGCUGACCAAUAACACGCUGGACAACAGCGGCCAUAUCGUCCUGGCCAGCAUGCACAAGUAUCAGCCGCGUCUGCACGUCAUACGCACCGCUGAUCUGGCGCAGAUUCCCUGGGCCCCACAGCAGGCCUUUGUGUUCGCCGAGACCGAGUUCGUGGCCGUGACAGCCUACCAGAACGAUCGCAUCACCAAGCUGAAGAUCGACAACAAUCCGUUUGCCAAGGGCUUCCGCGAAACGGGUCAAUCGCGCUGCAAGAGGAAGAUGUCUUCAUCGCCAACGGGCGAGGAUCAAGAUCAAUCGCAGUCCCAGUCGCAGUCACUAUCCCUUUCCCAAUCCCAAUCCGAGUCUGACAUGUCGCCGGCGAAGGGUGGUGAGACAGCUGGAGGAGGAGGAGGAGCCUCAACCAUCGGCGAUUCGGAUGGCCCGCAAAUUAAGCGCCUGAGAUCAAAUGGCUCCGCCUGCUCCUUAUCGUCAUCGCUGGACGAUCCGUCGGCGCCUGGCGCCAGCUCCCUGGCUCUGGGCUCCCCACCGCCCCAUCCACAUGCGCAUCCCCAUGCCCUCCAGGCGAGGAGUGCCUCCAGCGUUUUCAUGCAGCACUUCCAGCAGAAUAUGCAGAGUCUGCUGCGGCCCUCUCUUGUGGACCUGGCCUGCACGUACUUCGGGAGACCCCACGAGUAUGGGGGAGGGGUCCAGCCCUCUCCUCUCUAUACCCCAGCAGCCAUCCCACAUCCCGGCCUGACCCUGCCCCCUGGCGUUUCCGGUGCGGAUCUCAUUUCCGAUGAGUCGGGGGCGGAAGAGCUCGAACUGGAUGUGGGCAGUGAAACCACCGCAGUGGAGCAGUCCUCGCAGGAUCAAGCACCGGAACAACCCUCUACGCGGAGCAAGGGCUUCAGCAUAUCGGCCAUAUUGGGGGGAGGAAGUUAGAGUUAACUUAGUUUUAAAUAAAAGGGUGCCAAGAUCAUAUUUUAUUCAGCUAAAAUUGUUUCUUUGGAAUAUUAACUUCUUUUUCAUUUAAUUUGUAUAUGUAAAUAUCUGCAAUCUUAAUAAACUUAAGUAAACUGUACAAAUGAAUUAAUAAACAAAUAUAUACAAAUCUUUAA